AUGGGUGCCACUGAAAUAUCAUCCCACCUCCCUACUCGACACCCUAAGAAUAAGCGUAAACGGCAAUCGUCGGUCGAUUCAUCGAGUGUUCGCGAUUACUUUAAAAAGCCGGCCAAUGCAGCAGCACCACCACCACCAUGCGAUCAGUAUACAACGGAUCUUGAGCAAGCCAUUCAGCUGUCAUUAACCGAGUCCACUGGAUGUGAGCAGUCUAGCUCUGUGGAUGCAAACGAUCAGCAGCUAUGUCCUGUAUGCAACAGGUGCUUUGAUGGCUCUUCGCCUGAUCACUUUACAAGGCACGUCAACCAUUGUCUCGAUACACCACCACCAGCAGAGUCAUCCUCAUGGAAAUCGAUCUUGACCAGUAUCCCUGAAUCGAUCAGCAAGAUUGUAAAAGGUUCAUCAGAACAAGAUACAGCCAUACCAGAAGAGGAAUCGAAUGAUGAUGUCAGCUCUGAGCAAUUGAGUGAUUCCAUAUCAGCAUCAGUGAAGCCAGUGAUACCCAAAACGUCACCCGUUACUGAACAACAAGCAGCAAAUGAUACUACGAUGACAGCAAGUGGUAAAAAGGAAGUACCUUUUUAUAAAUGGGUCCAAGACACAACGUAUACAGUGGAUGCAUUCUCUUAUGGCGCCAUACCUGGAUGCGAUGGAUAUUUUUUAUCACAUUUCCAUGCCGACCAUUAUACCAGAUUACGCAAAUCAUGGACCUAUGGCACCAUUUAUUGUUCUCAAAUCACAGCCAACCUUGUACGACAGCAGCUACGUGUCGAUGAGCAAUACAUUUGUGUGUUAGCGAUGGAUCAAGAGCAUACAAUGAGUGAUACCGUGAGCGUAACCUUGAUCGAUGCCAAUCAUUGCCCUGGUGCCGUACUAUUCCUAUUCAAGGUGACCUUACCGAAUGGACGUGUUGCACACCAUUUGCAUACAGGCGAUUUUCGAGCCAAUCCACGCAUGUGCUUGCAUCCUUCUAUGAAGGGGAUAUCCAUUGAUACGCUUUAUCUCGACACCACCUAUCUCCAUGGCGGCUACACAUUUCCAAGUCAAGAAAAGGCAAUUGAAGCAGCUUGGCAUGUCACUGAACAAGUCAUGAAUGAACCCUUGGGAGCUUUGGAGGCAUGGUUACAAAGAGCAACACCCAAAGUUUUGAUUGUGGUGGGAACGUAUUCAGUCGGCAAGGAGAAAGUGUUUUAUCAUAUUGCAAAGAGACUUCGCAGCAAGAUCUAUGUGAAUGGGCGGAAAAAGCGGAUCAUUGCAUGCUUGGAGAACAAAGAACUGGAGGAUUUGUUAACCGAUGACCCACGAGAGGCACAAGUUCAUGCACUCCCUAUCAUGCAUCUCAAGAAGCAGAACUUGGAGAACUAUUUGAAGCAGCUCAAGCCUACAUUUACAUCGAUUGUGGCGUUUCGACCCACAGGAUGGUCUUUUCGAGGAGGACAAAAGACGCUGGAAGAUCAUCCAUUAUCAGAGAUCACAGCCAUGCAACCCCAACAACAAGUCGCCAUCAAGCCGCAGAAAGAGUCCAGUCGCAGCAUCCGUAUUUAUGGUGUGCCUUACUCGGAACACUCAAGUUUUCGUGAGCUGGCUGCAUUUAUCAGCAGCAUCGAAAUUGGGCGGAUUGUGCCAACUGUGAACAUGUCAAGGCCAAGUAGUCAAGAAAGAAUGUACAGGAUCCUUGAAAGAUGGCAGCAAGGAAAAGGCAAGACGAGUGAAAUUGUACCUUUUGUGGCAGAAGAUCAUUGGUGA